AAUGUUGAACCCUUUUUUGUUCUCGUUUGGUUUUUUGAAUUCUCAGGACCCGUAUUCUUGGAAAUACGGCAAAUCUAAGAUAAGACGGCACCCUCGGGCCGAAUUGAAAUAAUUUAAUAAUGAAAGGGAGGUGAUAUCGGCAAAAUCUUUCAUUGAGAAUGAAUAAAAAUUAAAGGGAAAAAUUGAAGUUUAAUGUUUUUGAGUAAAGGAUUUUUUUAAUUAGGGUAGCAACCCGACCCCCGAAACCCCGUUCCCGACGAUUUUUUGUCAAAAACUCCGACCCGAACUCCAAAGACUCUACCCUAGCAAACCUAUACCCCGAAGGAUCGGAUCACUAUCCUACCUAUUUUAAAUUAGCUAAUAAGGAGAAAGUGUAGCCCUUUUCUUGACUGACUGACAUUAAGUAAAAGAUCCAGUAUGUUCCCCAAAAUUUCCUUUUUUCUAGAAAACUUAAUUUAAUUAUAAUUAAUUUCCAGGUACAUCCACAACCAAAAAUUAUUUUAAAUUCCUCUAAAAAAUUGAAAACAAAUUUAAAUAAAAAAGAAAUGGAAGAAGAAAAAGAAGAAGAAGAAAAUAAAUUAAAUAAUAGCUCUGAAUAUACACAUUUAAAUGAAUUAUUUAAAGGAAAACAACAACAACAAAUAGAACAACAACAACCUUCAACUAGUGGAGAAAAUAAUAAUUUUAGAUAUUCUUUUAAAAAUGGAGGUGAUGAAGUUAGCGUUGCUGGGACAGAUUUUAACGAACCAUGGGAUUCAAAUGCUUGGGAGAAUUUAUUGGAAAUAGCCAAAUUUGGGGACGCAAAAACAGAAAUUCCCCUUUUGAGUGAAAAACCGAGAAGAAGACGAAGCAGUUGUGAUACUUCCUCAAUUUCUUCUGAUGGUUCUACUUGGAGGAGAAGUUCUCCUUCUUCUGAGGACGAUAAUAAUGAUGUUGAAUAUUUAAAUAAAAAGAAGGAGAAUGAAAAUAAAAAAGAAAAUUUUGAAGAAGAAAAAGAAAAUAAUUCAACAGAUGAUGAUAUUAAUGUUGCUGAAGAAGCUGUUGCUAUGGCUGUUGUUUUGGCUGGGAAUGGAACUUUACCUAAUAGAAAAAAGCCUAGACCAAUGGAAUGGUUAUGUGAAGAAGAAUUGUUAGAAAAUGAGGAGGAGGAGGAAAAUAAAAUAUCAACUACUAAUCAACAACAACUAUUACCACAAAAUUCUUCAUUAGAUACUUUAAUAUUAAUUGAACAAGCAGCAAAUUCUUCACGUUGCAAUAUGCCCUCUCAAAGAGUUAGGUGGACAGCAAGAAAUAGCCGAGAAGCAAGUACUUCUCUUUUGGAUAUUCCUUCAUCUUCUUCAAUACAAAAUGAAAAUCAACAAAAUAUUUCACAAAAAGAUGAUAAAUUUGAUUCAAUGGAAGAAUUUAAUGGAGAAAGUAGUGUAGGACAUAGAAGAAGUGAACGUCGAUUACGUGCAAUGAUGGAAAGGUCUAUUGGGGAACAUCAAACACAAAAUAUUCACCAAUCUGCUUUUCCUUCUGUUGCUGUCUAUUCAGCUUCAAUGGAUGAAUUAGGCAGUCAACAUAGUCGGACUGGGUCUAUUUGUCCAUCAAUUACGCCUGUUUUGUCUCCUUCACGUUUACGUAAUGCUUCACAGGAGAGUCAAGGCGAGAAGGAUCCUGCUUUGGUUAUUCAACAAUAUGUUGAGACUUUAUCCACCGAUGAUUCAACAGUUUUUGGAGCAACACUUCAACGUUUUGUUGAAUGCACACUUUUAAGUCGAGAACAGGAUCCUUAUGUAGUUGUUAGACGAGUACGUCAAUUUCUUAAUGGAAUCAAGAAUUAUUUGGUUAAAAAUGGGGAGGCUGAUUUACAUUUAAUUAUUGAAAGAGAAAGUGACCGAUUACAUGCCGACGAGUUUCUUAAUAUUGAUGCAAUUUUGGAAUCUGUUUUAAAUAAAAUAUUGCUAGGCAAGUUUUUAAAUUAUUCCCCCCCCCUCCCUCGCCCCGAAAAUUUUUCCUGGCUACGGGCCUGCUCACUAUUAUUAAAGUAG